CUGCUCACAAUAACAUCUACCCCUAUUGUCUGCUAAUAAUUGUCUAGCAGGCAGCUUCGCACGAGGGAGGGCGCGCUUAUAAGCUUGCGACAUUCCAUCUACGAGCCAGCAUCUUUAGACACCGCGCAUCUCGCUCUACGCCCUAGUGCCUUCCCCUACUUCUUGACCCUCACGACCUCACUGACGUCCUGACCGGGUGCUCCGCUUUCAUCCUCUCGCCUCGUUCUUGCUGCGUGCCUCAUAACUUCAUGUCUUCCCCUGAUAUGUCUACUCAUAGUGGCACCACGGCUUCGUCGACUGGCUCGACUGGCUUGGAUGGUCCUCGUUCCGGUUUUGCUGGUUCUAAUUCUGCCGGUCCAGCUAACCCGGCUGGUUCUCGUAUCGCUGGCUCGGUUUCCCGUUCUGCACACUCGACCCACUCGACCCAUUCAGUCCGUGCAGCUGAGUUUGCUGGCCCCGCCGGUCCAGCCGGUCCAAUGGAUCUGGAUAUAGCCGUGACUGAAGAUCGUCGUCGCGGCAUUAUCGCGCGCCUCCUUGGUCGCAGCCGCAUUCCUCCAGUCCGCUUUUUCACCGUUCAUGUGGAUCAUGAAGACCUGGCGUUCGUCCUCGGGCGCGUCCAGGAUCACUUCCGAGCUACGCCAACGCUGCGGCGUGCCGCCUCCGUCCUUCACUUGAAUCGGGCUUACCGGGAGCAUGCUCUCGGUAACACUGACGACCAAGGCAAUCCCCGUCACGAUGUCGAUGAUGGACGCUCGCAUGGACCGGCUUGCGCGGAUGCUCAGACCAGUCCUGUGCCUACCCUUCUAACAUAUCCAUCGCCGGACCACGUCCCUGUCGAUGAUGGCGCCCAACCGGACCUCACCAUGCAGUCAAACAUACCCACAAUUCCCUCCGAAAGCCCUGGUUGGUCACCCAUGAACCGUUCUGCUCACACCGGUUGGAUCUCUACGAGAUCUCUGACGCGAAGUACCCCCAUUCCUUCGGGGCUCUAUUCUCAACUUCGUGGGACGGGGCUCUCGCGCCCGUCGGAACCGCCCACUGGUCUGCCAGCUGGGCUGCUCCUUGCUCCUGACGAUUCGGGUCCAAGCACUCAUGGCCUUGGUCGUGCGAGGGGCGACGGUCAGCAGCCACCCAACUCCCCGACAGACCAUCGCAACGCCUCAGGUACGGAAACGGGUCAGCGGCGACUGCAGACCGCUUCUGGGGGCGACACUCCUUCGCAAGGGGCGGCAGCCUCUUGGUUUCGUGCUACGGACGCCCAACCUCCGGCCUUGAGUGACAUUAAUCCUCACCCCGAGGUCAACGAUGCAGUUCCGGCUGUCGUUCAGGCUGCGUAUCCCGGUCAGGAAGCCGAGCUGACGUACCUAUCAUUUUCUGAGACCAAAGUUAAGGAGAAUGGACUUUUCGUCGAGCGAAAGCUCCUGAUCCGCGUCGGGACGAAAUUCCAGCUGAAAGACUCCUUGACCGAGCCUUUCAGUAAAGGGCUCCAUAAGGCUUGCACUGCUGGCAAAGCGCGCGAAGACGAGUUGACACAGCUCUCCGUAGAGUGCCAUCAAUACCGAAUUCGCGGCGGAGCAUAUUCAGGCGGAGACGUCCUCGAGAGGAUUUUCCUCGAUCUUCGCCCAAUUCUGCGGCGCUUUCUCGAGGUUGAUGUCAUCUUCAAGGAGAAGGACGGGAGUACGAAUAACGCGGGAGCAUCAGAGAUUCAGAGUCUCAUUGCCGGGGAGUUUUCGCACCUAUCCCGCGUACGACUCGAGGGAAAGACUACGACCACUCGGCUUCUCACCUUCCCUUUGCAAAACCUGCGCACACUGGAGGUACUGACGAGUCUUACCGAAGCGGACUGCCUGCGCCUCCUGGACUUAUGCAGCGAGAGGCUGGAUGUUCUCGUUGCGGGACCCAUCGAUCGCGUCAACGAGGACUGCCUUGCGGAACAUUCAUGGGAAUCGACCGGCGGGCGGUCCUCACCUCAUGUCUAUCCUUCGACCAUGCGCAUCAGCUCGCCCUUGCCAUGCAAGCAGUUGCUGGCUGACAUCCCCUCCGACCUGGUAGAUCUUCACUUCAGGCUCACCGAUGCACACGGGUUUGUCGAUGUUCAAAGUAUCUUCGACGAUAAGGGCCAAGCUUGUCAAUGGACUUUGCAUCUAAUAUGA